GAUUAUUUAAUUUAUUAAAUUUUAAAAUAUUUUAUUUGUAUCAGAUAUAAUUAAAUUUAUAUUACAUAUACUAUAAGAAAAUGAAGAACUUUAUGAAAAAAAUGGAUCAAGUUAAACAACAAACCAUGGAAAAAAUGGGAAAUAAAGAAUCACAAGCCGAUAAUGACGCCACAAAAGAACAAAAAGAUAAAUUAAGAGUAAUCAAAACCGAAUAUAAAGAACUCUAUACAGUUGGUAAAAUCUAUGCUCAAGAAACUGAAAAAUCAACACAACAAGGUUCACAAUUUGCAGAUGCAUUAGCACAAUUUGGAUCAACCUUUUUAUCAGAUGAACAAGUUGGUGUUUGUUUAAAGAAUGUUGGUGUUCAAUUAAAAUCAGUCGAACAAUCACGUCAAAAUUGUAAUGUUAAUUCAGUUCAAUGUUUAGUUAAUCCAAUCGGUAAAUUCCAAGAUAGCGAAAUUAAGAAAGCCAGAGAUACUAAACACAAACAAGACCAAGUUCGUAUUAGAUAUGAUACUGCUUUAGAUAGAUUAAAUGAAGCAAAGAAAAAGAAUGAAGCCAACUCACUUAAAGUUAAAGGUCUUGAAAACGAAUGCGAAGAAAUUAAAGUUGAAUAUGAUGCUGUUACUGCUGAAUUUAAUCAAGUCAUGGAACAACUCAAUAUCGAAAUGAACAAACAACUUGUUGCCCAACUUCGUGAAUAUACUCUUCAACAAUUAGCCUUCUAUAAACAAGCCUCUGCCUUAUGGGCUGAAACUGCCGAACUCUUAGAAGACUUCCGUGGUUAAAUAAUAAAUAAAAAAAUAAAAAAACAAUAAUAAUAACAACAAUAAUAAACUUUUUAAAAAAUAAAAAAAUAAAAAUAACUACUUAUUUAUUUUAG